AUGGACCACUUCCCCUCUCCCUCGGCGCGCAAGCGCUCUCACGGCGACAUGGUCGCAGGUCACGAUCGCUCAACCACCCCGACCGACAACAAGCCUGACCUCGAUCCAUCGGCCGCCCUUGAACCCUACGAUUGGGAAGACGUCGCACAGCGAUAUCAUGCCGACAUUCAAGAGCUGCGCAGUAGAGAAGAUGAGAUCCUUGCUCACUAUUCUGAUCUUCUGGGAUUCUUCUCGCUCUGGGUCAACGCCUCUCGUACCCAUGAGGUUGACAGGACCUUUAAUCGCCUUCGCACGCGUACCACACAUGUCCAAUACUCCGAAGAAGAACUAGAGGAGAAGAGACAACACUACAUAAGAGUGGUCAACGCUUUUGAGAGUGCGCUAAAGCUCCUCAAUGCGUGA